AAGAUAGAUAGGACUUAUUCCAAAGUCUCCUCCUUUAUAUAAUGGAAGUGGACUAGUAAUCUCUCCUUGUCUGAUUUUGUUUUUGCUUACAUACACAGAGAAAGAAAGAACACUCCAAAUUUAAAUUGUCUUCUUUCUCCACAAACCAAACAAAAAGCAAUAGUGAAACACAGCUUUUUGCUGCUAUAUUUCUUCACUCAAUCAGAGCCAAAAUAAUCAGAGAGAAAAUUAGUUUCUUGUCUUCUUCCGCUGUCAAUAUGGACAAACAAUUCUGAAAUCAUCUUGAACAUUUUUGUCCUGUUUCUACAAAAAACAACAAAACCUUUGAAAUUUACUUCCAAGAUUCAAUUUUUUUCAAUGUCUUCUGAACUUUUUGUAUUUGACAACACUUUCUUUACUGACCCUUUUUCCCCUUCUUUCAUUGAUAAUACUAUUUUCCAAGAUAACAGCAAUUUCACCAUGCCCACCCACUGUUUGAUACAAGAAACCCCACAAACCAGAGUUGAUGACACACCUUCAAUUGACCAAAUUGCUUCAACCCUUCUCUCAUCUUCACCUCCAAGUCAUCAAUUUGAGAAUCUUUCACUUUGCCAAAUUGGAAAUCCCAAUUCUUUGGCUGGUGUAGAUGGAUUUCUUGAUUACUCCGUAAAAGCAGAGGAAUUUCAAGUCCAUUUUGAAUCUGAUUACUCUUUAAUGGUGCCUCAAAAUGAUGUGAAAUUGAUGCAGAGGAGUUUUAGUAGUAAUUGUUUUGAUAAUAAUAAUAAUAAUGAUAAAGCAAGUUUUUCUAUUUUUACACCAAAGUUUGAUAGUUUAAUUGAGUCUACAAAUUUUCAAACAUCAGCAGCAAUUAGCUCACCUGAAAACAGCUUUUCUUCUGGUCAAAUGAGAAGGGUUUGCAGCACUGGUGACUUGCAAAAGAUGAAGACAAGUCAAACAAGAAACACUUUAUCAUCGAGUCCAUUAUCAGGAGAAAGAACAUUUAUUGAAGAAGCAGCAAAUAUCAAAGUGGGGAGAUAUACUGCAGAAGAAAGAAAAGAAAGAAUUCAUAGGUACAGAGCAAAAAGAACUCAAAGAAAUUUUAACAAAACUAUAAAGUAUGCAUGUCGAAAAACACUAGCAGACAAUCGUCCAAGGAUUCGUGGCAGAUUUGCUCGUAAUGAUGAAGCUGAUCUUGAGAUUCCAAAAACUUCAUCAUCAAUGUUUAAUAGAUAUGAAGAUGAAGAUGAUAUUUGGGUUGAGGGAGUUCAUGAAGAGGAAGAAGAUCAUCAAGGCUCAAUAGGGAGAAGACAAUUCUACCACAACUUUGGUCCAAUGACACAAUAUCAUCAACAAUAUUCAAGCCACUAAAUGGGGUCAUAAAUAGAGAUUAAUUUUUAUGAUUAAUUAAGUCAUUAAAGUUUGUAUUAAUUAACCAUGAUUAAUGAAAGAUGUUAGCUUUGGUUUAUGAAUAAGUUUGGUGCACUUGCAAGUGCUACAAUUUCAA